AUGUUCCUCAACAAGCCCUACGACGACUGCGACAGCCCUACCAUCGAGCCUCUGAAGAUCUUCAAGCCCCAGAGCCCAGUUCCUGCAGCCGAACGGCCCCAAGAUCGCUUCAGAUAUCCCGCCCCAUCGUCGUCGAAGCCGACCUUCCCUCUCCCCCCUGGCGCUUCCAGUUCGGCGCAGCCUCUCCCAUAUCCCGAGGAUGAGGACCUCCGGCCCAGCCAGCCGUCCACGUCAACUCGGCCCCCUUACUCAGACGACAGUCGCCGUCCAUCCGGCGGUAGCGGUAGGACGUACAGUCCGACGACCUCGGUCAAGUCGGACAGGCUCAACGAUACAACACCGCGGUUAGACACGAGUCCCAUCGAGAAGAGGGGACCUGGCUUGGCUGAGAGACGCGGGACUGCGCCCAAACCCCUACCAGGAGCGCUUAGUCCGUCCACCUCGAGUCCCGGCCCAGAUUCCGACGGCACUGGGGGUCUCUUUGCGAAACCCCUUGCGAACCCGCAGAAGCCUGCCGCUGCGAGUAACAACUUUCCCGACUAUCAGAAAAAGCCGUACUAUCCUCCUCCAAGAGGAAAUUCGGCAGGGUCGAGCUCUAGCCAGAACAGCAGUGCUCGACCACAACCUCCGGAUAAUGACUUGUUGAAGAUGCCUGGGGCAAGUAGUGUCAACCGGUUCGCCUCAACGGCCUCCACCUCGACGACACGUGCCAGCCGAGGGUCUCCUCCUCCGCCAGAGACCCCUAUCGUCGAACCAGGCAACAUCCCUGGAGGUGGCAUCGAGGCAAGGUAUGCCGCGGCAGGAAUAUCGGGCACCGCCACUUUGACCAGUCUGCAAAGCUCGGCCGCUCAGCAACGGUUGGCGCAAUAUGGGCAACACCCGGCAACACAAGCUACGCCCGCUCCGGCUCGUCCCUGGACGCCGACUGAGACUCCAGAUCAACAACCGCAUGGCCCCCCACCUCCUGUACAAACAAGCUUCAACGCGCCGCCGCGACCUUCGACCUCGUCGUCAAAUGGCCAGCUGCAAGUGAGUGUGCUGGAACAGGACUUCCAACGGGUCCAGAUGUCCCCGAGUCCGCCACCUGCGUAUUCUAGUAUCAACCCAAGCGGAGGCUCUUCAUCAUAUCCCUCAGAAAAGCAACGACCUGGGGCACAGGCCAGUUCGAGUUCAGGAUCGGCGUCGGCUGCUCAACCUCAAUCUCAAGCUCAACCUCAAGCGCAAGCAGCUGUUUCGUCUGUGUCCAAAAAGCAGGAACCCUAUUCUGUACCAUUAGCCUCUCCUGCGUUGCAACACCCGGGCCAUCCAGCAUUUGCCAAUGACCCUGGAACUCAUCCCGCAUUCGCCAACGACCCCAGACCGGAAAGUUCGCAGGCCAAUGGCAAGCCGGCGCAAACUCCUUCACCAUUCCAGGGCGCAGGACCCAGCUCCCCACCUCCUCUUCCCGAAGGCUGGAUCGCCCACCUGGAUCAGAACUCUGGCCAGUACUACUAUAUCCACCUGGCCACUCAGUCUACUCAAUGGGAAUUCCCUAAGGGGCCAAACCCCAUCAACCAUGAAGCUGCUCCAUUAUCUCCCACGGCGUCGACAUACGGCAACCCGUUGGCAUCGCCCAUGUUUGGCAAGCAAUCUGCAAUGGCGUCACCCAUGUUCCCUCCGCAGACCCCCGGCUAUGCUGAAAGCAUUAUGAGCGUGGCGGCGUCGGCGGCGCCCACAGCGGGCUUCACCGGCCCGCCGCCAAGCGCGGGUAUCGACAUGUAUAAGGUGCAGCCGACGAAUGGCGUCUACUUUGGGCCGUAUCUGAGAUACGUCAAUAUGGACGUUGAGAAAGGACUCUGGCUAGGUAGUAUACUCAUUGUCACGGAUGCGCCCCAGGCCCCGACUAUUCACAUCCACCAGAGUGUUGACCUGUCACCCAACCCACGUCAGCUUGUACCGCAUUCCAUCUACACCCAUCAGAGGUGGCAGUUCUUCAAGUACGACAUCGAUUUGCAGAUGGGCGAAGGCGCCACCGAAAGGUGGACAUACGCCGUCACUUCGCAUCUGGGAUGCACUAGAUAUGAAUUUGUCGUUGCUGGUAGGCAUGAGACCAACUGGCGCUUCGUGGCCCAUUCCGGCAACGACUUCGCCGCCAGUACUUCACAGAAUGAACGCACCAAGCUCGGUGGCGUCGGCUUCAUGUGGAAAGACGUGCUCCAGAAGAACGUUGACUGCGGCGGGUUCCACGUCCAACUCGGUCUUGGUGAUCAGAUCUACGGAGACCGGCUGUGGAAAGAAGUUCCGCUGCUAAAGCAGUGGCUGGCUAUGCAGGGCAAGGAACAUCGGAAGAACGCUUCGUGGACGGCGCGACAUGAGGAGGACGUCACGCACGCGUACUUCCACUUCUACACCAGCCACUUUGAUCAACCAUUCUUGCGGGAGGCAUUUGCGCAGAUUCCUCACGUCUGCCAGAUUGACGACCACGAUAUCUUUGAUGGCUUCGGCUCCUAUCCUGACUACAUGCAGAACUCGCAGAUGUUCAAGAACAUUGGCCGGAUAGCCAUCGACGUUUAUCUGCUGUUCCAGCAUCACACCACCCUAGAAAUUCUUCGCAACGUGAAUCACGACCUAGAUCUGUUCACUAUUACUGGUCAAGGGUGGCAUUUUGUCAAGUUCCUAGGACCGGCAGUCGUGGCCGUGGGAGCAGACUUGCGGUCGGAACGGACUCAAAGCCGCGUGCUGGCUGGCCCGACGUACCAAGGCCUCUUUCCCAAGGUGGCCAUGCUGCCUCCAAGCGUGCAGCACUGCAUAUGGAUGCUAUCAGUACCGUUGAUCUACCCACGACUAGACACGGUCGAGAGCCUGGCCAACACGUUCGCAACGGGCAAGAAGGCGGUCAACACGACUUACAACGUGCUCGGAAAAGUGACCAGCUCCGUGGCUGGCAUCGUGGGCGGCAAAGAAGUCGUAGCGCAAGGCUUCAACCAAGUCAAGCGGGCCGUUGGAAAGUCGGGACUCAUGGGAAAUGUGGUCAACCAAUUCGGCGACCUGGACAUAGGAGAGAUUCUGAAGGAUAUGUGGACACAUGACACCAAGGAUCUGGAGCGGACGUACCUGAUCCGCACGCUACAGGGCAUCGCCCACCAAAAGGGCAUCCGGAUGACCUUCCUAUCAGGAGACGUCAACUGCUCCGGCGCGGGCCUCGUCCACGACCCUGCGCACCCUAGCGACCACAAGACCAUGUACCAAAUCAUCACGUCACCCAUUGUGGCGGCGCCCGCCUCCAACUACAUCCUCAAGAUGCUGCACAACAACAAGUCGUACUAUGUGCCGGCCAACGGCCAGAAGAGUAACCACGAGGUUUCGGACACCAAGGAGGACAUGAUGGAGAUCUUCCAUACCGACGCCUCGGGCCAGCCCCGCGAGCUCAAGAAGCUCAUGGGUCGCCGCAAUUAUGUUGCGUUUUUAGCCUACGACCCUGAGGCUAUCCCGGGUACGCAGUAUAGUGCCAGCAUUGCGAAUGGGCAGCAACAGGGAUUGAGCAAGCUGAGUUUGGCUGUCGAUUUCGUGGUCCAGGGCGAUGGGGCGUUUACGACGCCGACAAAAUACGGACCGGUGAUUGUGCCACAUCUUGAGUUUGGACGGUAG